AUGACUUUAACCCGCUCGCAAACGGGGAAGACCCCUAAAAAAAUGGAUCGUCCCGGCUUCGUUGAGACCCCCGGCGGCCGUCGUGCCACCCGCAACAGUUCUGUCUUGGGAAGUAGCGAGAAUGAGGCCUCCCUCUCCCCUUCCCCCUCUCUCGAGAGAUCCAAAUCCGCCUCCCGCCGUCGUGCUGCAGUCAAAAUCAAGACCGAGGAGGAUGAUACGCCGGUGAAGGUCACGACCAAUGGCAAGACUACCGACACCAAACCCGAGUCCCCAUCUCGCGUGAUAGACGGUUGGGAGGAAGGCCUCGAUCCCAAGGUCGAUUAUAGCGGACACUUCGAAUUCGGUGGCUCCUUGGGUGUGCUGUCCAUGAUGAUCGGAUUCCCCAUGCUCAUGUACUACAUGUGGAUUGGUGCCACCUUCUACAACGGCAAAUUCCCUCGCCCCGCGGAGAACGAGAGUUAUGGCGACUUUUUCGCACACUUGGUCGAUCUAAUCUACACCGGUGCUUUCCCAUCGGUAAAGGCAUGGACUAUCUACUGGGUUUUCUUCAUCUUCGAGGGUGCGUGUUACGUGCUGCUUCCCGGUGUAAGUGUCUCCGGUCGACCCCUGCCACACAUGGGUGGCAAGCAGCUGCCAUAUUACUGCUCUGGUGUGUGGUCUUUCUACACCAGCAUUGCAUUGGCACUCAUUGCGCACGUGACUGGGGUUUUCAAGCUGUAUACCAUCAUUGAUGAGUUCGGUCCCUUGCUCACCGUUGCCAUCCUCUCUGGAUAUAUUGUCUCAUUCAUUGCCUACUUCUCGGCUUUGGCGCGUGGCGCAGAGCACCGUAUGACUGGCUACCCGAUCUAUGACUUCUUCAUGGGUGCGGAGCUUAACCCCCGCAUGUUCAAGAUCCUCGACUUCAAGAUGUUCUUCGAGGUCCGCCUCCCGUGGUACAUCCUUCUCGGCCUGUCUAUGGGUGCCGCGGCCCGCCAAUGGGAGAUGUAUGGUUAUGUGUCUGGCGAGGUUAUGUUCCUUGUCAUGGCCCACUACCUUUACGCCAAUGCCUGCUCCAAGGGUGAGGAGUGCAUUGUUUCCACCUGGGAUAUGUACUACGAGAAGUGGGGCUUCAUGCUGAUCUUCUGGAACUUGGCCGGUGUGCCUCUGAGCUACUGCCACUGCACCAUUUACCUCGCCAAUCACGACCCUGCUGAAUACCGCUGGAACCGCUACUUCCUUGCCUUCCUCUUUGUCGCGUAUCUGUUUGUCUACUGGGUGUGGGAUACCACCAACAGCCAGAAGAACCGUUUCCGCCAGCAGGAGCGUGGUACUAUAGUCACCCGCAACACCUUCCCUCAGCUUCCUUGGCAGACAGUGGAGAACCCCAAGACUCUUACUGCGGCUGAUGGCUCCAAGAUUCUUAUAGAUGGGUGGUAUGGAAAGGCCCGCAAGAUCCACUACACGUGCGAUCUUUACUUCGCCCUGAACUGGGGCUUGAUUACCGGAUUCUCAAGCCCAUUCCCUUGGUUCUACCCUGUUUUCUUCGCUUGCAUGAUCAGCCACCGUGCUCUUCGUGAUAUCGAGCGGUGUCGUACCAAGUACGGCGAGACUUGGCUUGAAUACGAACGUCAGGUGCCUUACCUGUUCAUUCCUGUGAGUAACUUGACCUUGAGGACUCUCUCAGCACCUAUGUCUAACCUUGUGUACUCUAGCAUCUAUGUCUUCCAUCCAACAAUCCCAAGCUACCCCAAAGCCCGCUUCCCCGGAGUCGUAGUCUUCAGCGAGAUCUAUCAAGUAACGGGCCCUGUGGCACGCUUUGCACGCCAAAUCGCAGGCCAGGGCUACAUUUGUGUUGCUCCUUCGAGCUAUCAUGAAUUCACUGGUCCGGAACCUCUGAAGUAUGACGCGGAGGACACGGACAAGGGGAAUGCAUGGAAGGUUGGCAAGAAACUUGCCGCUUAUGACGAAGACGCUAGUCUUUGUGUGGAUUAUCUGCUCUCGCUGCCUACUUGCACUGGAAAAGUUGGUGCCACGGGCAUGUGUCUGGGUGGCCAUUUGGCCUAUCGUUGCGCGCUAGAUAGCCGGGUCAAGGCGAGCGUGUGUUACUUUGCCACGGAUAUCCACAGCAAAACCCUUGCCCGAGGCAAGAAUGAUGAUAGUUUGGAGAGAGCUGGGGAUAUCAAGGGUGAGAUGCUAAUGAUCUUCGGCAAAAACGAUAACCACGUCCCGCCCGAGGGACGCGACCUCAUUCGCAAGACCCUCCAUGAUAAGGGCGUCUUGUUCGGUUUCUAUGAAGUCGCUUGGGCACAACGUGAGUUGAACACAUCGCUCACCCUCGAACAUAAAUAUGCUGACAAGAAUACUUAUCCAGAUGCCUUUAUCCGUGAUGAGCUCAGCAAGGGUCGGUAUGAUCCAGCUAUUACCAAGGUCUGCUUUGAGAUGCUGCUUGAGCUGUUCGGGCGCACCUUGAAGCUGGAUCUGGGCGAUCAUGAUGGGCAAAAAUUGGUGAUCGAGGAUGUAUGUUAA